AUGGGGCGGAAAUUCGGGACGACGCUGGUGGAUUCAUUCAGCGGCGUAAACGUCGCCGCGGCGGUGUCGAGCGCGGCGCACGGCGUGGGUGCGGGAUCGCAGUACGAUGCGGCGGUGGGAUGGAGCGAAAAUGCGGCGAACGCGUUGGCGAGCGAGGCGGUUGAUUUAGCGCAGGACGCGGGAAAGCUCGCGGAGAUGAUAAUCGCCUGGUUCAAGGGGCUGGAUUGUAAACUGGACGCCAAUUUUUUCAAGGACGUCGCGGGGAAAUUGAAAAUGCCGGGCAUCGGUGAGCUUCCGGGAAUUAUCAAGGGCCUGGGAUCGGACAUGGUUGGAAGAUUCACCGGGAAUACGUGCAACACGCUGUGGAACGCGAUGUACGGCGACGCCGGAAACGCUCGCGAAGCCGCCGACGUGUUGAAAAUGGCGGUGUCAGCGUUGAAGGAUAAGUGUCCCGCCGUCGCUCAGGGUGGUGACCGACCCGCGUUUACGUUUGGUGUCAUUCUUGAGGGUGAAGUCGCCGUCGGCGCCAGCGCCGGCGCCGGUUUGGAGGUGGGUUUCGGCGUGGAUCUUAACGGCGAACGGUUUUGCUUUCUCGCGCACUGCGCGUGGGCGGGCAUUACGCUAGACACGCCCAAUGGCGGAGUCGCCGCCGGUUUCCAAGUGACUGGUUAUAAGAGCAUCUCAAGCGUUCCGGGGACGGCGUCCUUCCUCGAACUCGGCAUUGGCUUGGGAAAUCCUCCGUUUCCGGUCGACGGCGCAGGCGGGAUCUCUUACGUGUACGCCGGUGACAAGUUGUCAGACAUCGUUGGUGCGGGUUUCUCUCUGGCCGCGGACUUCAGCGGCGGGGGGAUCAUGCCGGUGGGCGUGUCCGUGGCGAAAGGAGUGUGUGACUGCCCGGUGUGCGUGACAGUCGACGGACGGAAGUGCGGCGACGCAGAACCAGCGCUCGACACGACGAAGCGCGCAUUCACCGUUCUCGGUGGGGAUCGGCCCGGGGGUGAUCUCCACGCGGUGGCUGAGAUUUCGGAAAACGGGUGCAUCGCCGAGUGCAUCAAGCGAGCUAAUUGCGUCGGCGUGUCGUACAAUCAUCUUUCACGUUGGUGCUUUCUCAAAGGGACGAACGGUUUACGACACACAGUUUCGUCGAGUACCAAAUUCCAUCCCCGCGUUCCGGUCGGGUUCAUCGUGCAAGCAGACGGCGAUCGAAAAGGAGGAGACAUGUCCGAGUGGCAUGGAGUUUCCAUCGAUGAAUGCGCCCAAAGAUGCCUCGCGUGGUCGACCUGCGUCGGAUUUUCGUAUAGGUCACAUUCGCACAUCUGCAAAACCAAGGGAAAGCACGGCCUUCAUGGAGGCUACGAGCUGAACGACCACCAAUACUAUCAUCGAAUCCCCUCACCGAAGUCAACGUUCACUAAUUCUGGUUUGAAUUUGGACGGAAAAGACCGCGGUGGGGGCGACAGAGCGACCGUCCACACGACGCUCGCAGAGUGCAAAUCAAAGUGCAACGAGGACAAGGGUUGCAUUGGUGUUUCGUAUAACUUGGCGCCGGGAUCUAAAGGCGUACCAUGUUACACGAAGGGCACAAACCAUAUUUCUAUGCAUCCGCAGCACAGUGUCCAUCAGUUAAUUCACCGUAUGCCGAAUGGAUUUCGCAUAAAACAGUACGGCGACAGAGGUGGGGGCGAUUUAUUCGACGCGCACGUCUCUCUCACCGAGUGCGCUGAGCUGUGUUUCGCCCGGUCGGAUUGCAUCGGUUUUUCGUUCGACUCGAACGCGGGACGCUGCGUGCCCAAGGGACACUCCGCGAAUACACACUACAAUCACGGUGCGUAUCAGUUUUACGAGCGCGUGGAGGCACCAUUCUGGCACUUCGUCGCGGUCCAUCAUCAUGAUCGCCCAGGUGGCGACAUCGCCGGUUGGAUACACCACACGAACCCCCAAGCAUGCUUUGCGGCGUGUCAAAAGGAUCCAAAGUGCUUUGGCAUCACGUACGAUGGUAAUUCGUGCGGGUUGAAAGGCACCCACGCGCACGCAUACUACGCGCACAGCCACCAGUGGAGCUUCGCGUACAAGGUGCCGAACGGGUUCGCAAUUCGCGGUGCGGGCGAUCGUUCAGGCGGAGACAUCCAUGUCACGUUCGCGGGGGUCGAUACGUGUGCGCGAAUGUGCAAAGAGGACGAUCGUUGCGUCGGCUUCAGUCACAACAGUAAUGUUCAACACUGCGUUCUCAAAGGACUCCACGGUUUACACCCGCAUCACAAACCGAGUCACCAUCAGUACUAUACUAUUCACGGUCGCGGGAACUCGAGAGCGCUCGAUGCGUCGCAGGCGGCGCUCGGUGAUUCGCGAUCAUGGACAGCGUUCGCGUCCCACCCCAACGCAAUCGCCUUCGCGGUCGCGUGCGUCUUCGCGGCCGCCGUGGCGACGACGCUCCGACACGUCUCUCGACGCGAACGGACGAGCGCGCCGACGUACGGAUCGGUUUAA